AUGCACGUGAGUAGAGUGGCAUUCAUCGGGCUUCGCCGCGUCACCUGCUUGGUGGGCGGCCACCGCCUUUCAUUCAGCGACCCGGCUGCCGUCGCCCUCUCUGCCGCCUCGCUCCGAACGCAGGGCCGCUAUGCAAGCAGCAAGAACCCGUACGCGGUGCUCGCCAUUAAGGAAGGCGCUGAUAAGGCCGAAAUCAAAAAGGCGUACCGUAUCCUAGCCCGUAAGCACCACCCUGAUGCCCCUGGCGGUAGCGACGAAAAAUUCCGCGAGGUGCAGGAGGCGUACGAGCAAAUCAAGAGUGGCGUGUGGAUCCGAAAGGACCAGGACAGCAGCGGCGGCGACGGCGGUGGCGGCAACGCGAACCGCUACAGCGGCUUCCGCUAUACGACCCGCACGCACCACAGGAGCAAGGUCAGCUACGACCAGUUUUACGAGGAGAUGCACACAGGGCGUGUCAAGAAGGACCCGUUUGCUGACGACGUCGACGAGGCAGAGAAUCCGGCGGCGAAGGACCCGCGCCGCAACCCUUUCGCGAUGAACGAGAUCGCCUUCCAGGCGUGGCUGCGCUUUAUCAUUAUGUGGUGUGUCGUCUUCUGUAGCCUUCGCCUUGUGCUGUUUUUGCUGUUCCCCCCCAAAUGGGAGAAGCCGCCACGCAAGCCGCCGCCGCGCGAGUUACGUGGCCGCAAGCCGCCACCGCCAAAGCCGCUAGGACGCACCGAGGAUGUUAUUGUGGCGUAG